AAAAAACCAAAAAACAAAGGGGGUGGUCAACAGUACAAGGAAAAAUGGCCAAGAAUCCUAACGUGCGCCGAAAUAACCCAUUUAGAACCUCUAAUGUGCGCCGGGAGGAAACAACCCUGAACAGUAAUACCACAGCAACAAUAUCUACUUCAAUCACCACCGCCACGUCACCGAUAUCUGUAUCGGAAGGGUUUUCGGAUCAACCCGGAUCGUCGUCCAGUAGUACUACUGCUAAGCAAAAGAGGUUUCGGGGCGCUCGGAGUCGGAGCGGCAAAUGGGUAUCCGAGAUACGCCAGCCACGUAAAGCCACGCGCAUUUGGCUCGGCACGUACCCGACGCGGGACAUGGCGGCGACGGCAUACGACGUGGCGGCUUUGGCUCUGAAGGGGCCCGAUACGGUGUUAAACUUCCCGGACCUGAUUCUUUGGUACCCGAUACCGCUUUCGUCGUCGCCUGUUGACAUACGCGCCGCUGCGGCGAGUGCUGCUGAGAAGAUGAUGGAAAGAUCCUCGGAGAGCGGUCACGAAGCGACACAUCUUAGAAGCACUGAGGAUGAGUACUUCAUUGACGAAGAAGAGUUGUUGAAUAUGCCGAGUUUGCUGGUGAAUAUGGCCGAAGGGAUGCUCUUAACUCCGCCUAGAAUUCAGACAAAGUCGUCUUCUGAUGAAUCUGGUGGUGAUGGAGAUGGGUUAUGGAGUUACUCCUAUUAACUAAACCUUAUAGUGUGUGAGAAAUCGCUGUACUGAGUAUUGUAUAUGUGUGUUUUGUUUUGUCUUGCCUUGAUUUGUUUGUUCUUGUUCUUGUUUUUUGUUUUUUUUUUUUAAACUAGCUAUCGGACGAACUUCCUCUAUGUGCUGGGUAUGUAACUAUGAACCAGCACAACAUUGUUCGUCGUUUUAGCUAUUAGCUAGAAGCCUAGAAGAAUUAAUUAGAUUGCUUGUGCUGCUAAUUAGGAUCUUUCUUGGUGGCUGGUUCUGUUUGUGUAUAUCCUAUAAACCUUGUAUUAUAUGUUAAGGCA